UGACGACAGCCUAGGUUAUGAAUUCCCAUUCGUACUGAAAGCAGUUCAGCGAGAUGGUAUGCAGUGUGCUCUGUGCCCGUGGUACAGAUUUUGCCGCGGCUGUCGCAUACCUUGCUCUGAAGCUGAAUUCAACUUCAGAUGUACACACCUAGCCAUUGAUUGGGAUCCAACAGCUCUACACCUGCGUUAUCAGACAUCCCAGGAAAGGGUUUUUGUGGAACAUGAAAGUGUUCCAUUGACACGGCAACAGCAGUCAGAGCCAAUUGAUCUGGAUUUUUGCUUGGAGGCCUUUACAAAAGAAGAGCAUCUUGGGGAAGAUGAAAAGUAUUAUUGCUCAAAAUGUGGCCAACAUCAGUUGGCAAGCAAAAAGCUUCAAAUAUGGAGGCUACCUCCAAUACUGAUUGUUCAUCUGAAAAGGUUCCAGUUUGUUAAUGGGAAGUGGGUAAAGUCCCAGAAGGUUGUGAAUUUUCCAUUCAGGAAUUUUGAUCCAACAGCCUACCUUGCUUCGGUACCUAAACAGACGGUCAUCAGACACAAAGAACUAAAGGGGGAAUAUGCUGAAAAUGAGCAAAACUCCGAAAAGGAUGACAGUAACAUCGAAUCCAACAUUAUGUCACUGACUGAUGAAUCUGAAGUGCAAAAUCAUGGUGAUAUACUAUCACAUUUAAUUCAGAACCAUAGGGAGAUAGUUGACAACAAUUUAAAUAUAUCAAAACCGAGAUUAGAGGCUGAACUAAAUACUCAUAACAGUGCCAGAGGAAAUGGACACAUUCCCAAUGGCGAUCUGACGCUACCAUUGAAUUCACGUGAAAGACUGGUGUCGACGUCACUCGUCAAAACUCCUGUGGUAGAUUGUGCCCUACAAGAUUUCCACCAACAUCGGCUUGCUGACGGCAGCGACCCAUUUGAUUUGAAGUACAAUUUGUAUGCUGUAGUG